CUGACAUCCAUCGUCCCAAGCAAAAGCAGAACUGAAGUGCCACGCCUCUGCCUCUUCCUCUCUCCAAUUAUUAUUAUAUCCAUGGAAGAUUGCAGAAACCCCCAUCACCCCCCCCCCCCCUCUCUCCCAUCUCCCUCCGUACCCCCUUGCGCUCCUCGUUCCAUUUCUUUAAUUCCUUAAAUUCUGCAAUUAUUUAAUCAAGAUUGCAGAAACCCCCAUCACCCCCCCCCCCAUCUCCCUCCAUGCCCCCUCGCGCUCCUCAUUUCAUUUUUUUUAAUUCCUUAAAACUCUGCAUUUCUUUAAUCAAGAUUGCAGAAACCCCCUUCACCCCCCAUACCCCCCUCGCGCUCCUCGUUCCAUAUCCAUUCUCUUUUCCUUCACAAAUACGUUAAUCCUCACUUCAACCCAAUCCUCUCCCUCUCCGCGCUGGUUUACUUGGAAGCUUCUGUUUUGUUGCUUGCUAUGGCUUCUUUUACCUCAAUUUCUCAAUCCCACACUUAUCUCAACAAACCCAGAUGGAAAAGUCCGCACCCACCAUCACUCAGCACAGUCUUCAUCCCUUUCUCCAUUGCAAAGCCCUGCUUUGCCUCUAGGGUUUCGAUAACGAGCAAGCCCUCUACGUGUGGGGCCACGGAUAUGCCCCCGAAACUAGUGGUGGUGGUGGCCACCACGGCUGAGAAGCGUUACCCCGGUGAAGCGAAGGGGUUCGUGGAGGAGAUGAGGUUUGUGGCCAUGAAAUUGCACACCAGAGACCAGGCCAAAGAGGGUGAGAAGGAGUUGCAGGAGCAGCCCAUCGCCAAAUGGGAGCCGUCGAUCAAAGGGUACUUGAGGUUUCUUGUGGACAGCAAAUCGGUGUAUGAUAGCCUUGAAGGAAUCAUCGAUAGGGCAGCUUUUCCUUCCUACUCUGAGUUCAGAAACACAGGAUUAGAAAGGUCAGAAAAUUUGGCAAAAGAUUUGGAGUGGUUCAAAGAGCGAGGCCAUGAAAUUCCAGAACCUUCUUCUCCUGGUAUUUCUUACUCUCUUUACCUCAAAGAAUUAGCGGAGAAGGAUCCUCAGGCAUUCCUUUGCCACUUUUACAAUAUAUACUUUGGCCAUACAGCAGGUGGUCGAAUGAUUGGGAAAAAGGUGCUGAAAAAAGUACUUGACAAGAAGGAACUGGAAUUCUAUAAAUGGGAUGGUGACCUUUCUGGACUGUUGCAGAAUGUGAGGGAGAAGCUAAAUAGAGUUGCUGAAAGCUGGAGUAGAGAGGAGAAGAACCACUGUUUGGAAGAGACCGAGAAGUCAUUCAAGUACUCGGGGGACAUUCGCCGAUUAAUAUUGACAUGAUUUAUGAAUGGUGCCUUCUUUUAAAUGUUGUAUAAGAACUGGCGCAAGCCAAAACAUUCCUGCUUACAUUCUGUUUCCAUUGCAAUUAUUUUUGCGAAAAAUCAAAUUAAAACUAUCAUCAUGAAUAGGAAACUAUCAUUAUUUUAGAGAGAUUUUGAUCUCCUGAAUACAAUUGUUUUGGAGCUAUUAUUUCU